AUGUCUUACGGCUACUCUCAGCCCGCAGGCAGCGCCCAGCAUCUGCCCCCUGGCGGUAACUCCCCGUAUGGGUCGGGCGACCCAUACUACAAUGAAUCCUCGGGCUACAUCUCCCCUGCUCAGGGUACUCCAAAGAAGGGGGUGAGCAACUGGAUAAAGAUUGGUAUUCCCAUUCUGGUCGCCGUGAUCAUUGCUGCCGUCGUUGGCGGCGUCCUGGGCAGCCGGUCCCACCACAAUUCCUCGGCGUCUUCUGCAGCUGCCCAGGCUUCCCCGACAGGAGCCGCUGCGGCAAGCCAGGCUGCGAGUAUUAAGGAGGAUAUUGGCGUCUUUGCGACUGGCACGAACAGCCUGUACAUGAUGCCCCUUUACCCUUCGACUACCAAUACAGCAGCCUACACUACCCCCACAAUCGAGCCACAAGCAAACGGCGUCAGCUGGCCAGUAGACCCCUGGACGCCCUCCAACCCAUCCCCGACCAACGUCCGUCCAGACCGCCCGCGUAUAAUCGCGCCAUCCUACAAAUGGCAAGCUCUGCCAGACCUCAUCCCGAAGGAGCCCUACCUUAAAUACUGGAACGACACUAUUUUUGGCAAUGCGACCGACUAUUACAAUCUUCCCGUUGUCGCCUAUUACUUGGACAGCGGUAAUGGUAUUCUCGAUAUCGCCCGUCAAAUCAAGAUGAGAAUCAAGGCAUUUUCGUAUGUGUACCGUAUGACCAACGACACCAAGUGGGCAGACCGCGCAUUCAAGGAACUUGCGAAUGCUGCUGGUAACGGCACGAAUUCAUUCGGCCCGAACACCUCCGAGAAAUGGAAUCCUACCCAUUUCCUGGACACUGCCGAGUUGACCGCGGCGUUUGCCAUUGCGUACGAUUGGAUGUACGAUGCGUGGACUCCCCUGCAGAAAGAGCAGAUCGUUUGGACCAUGAGCUAUUAUGGUUUGCAGAACGGUGUCAUUGGUUACAGCAACAGUAACGGUCUGUAUUACGGAUGGUGGACCGAGGACACGCAGGGCAAUUGGAACUGCGUUUGUAACGGCGGUCUUACCAUGGGUGCAUUGGCUAUCAUUGGCGACGACACCACCGGUCUCGCCGAGCAGAUCCUGAACCUCACCAUCCCGAAUGCGAUCAUUAACUGCGCGCAGGCCGUGUCUUCCGAUGGUACUUGGCAGGAGACUCCCAACUAUUGGUAUUUCGGUGUUACUGGCAACGCCGAGAUGAUCUCGUCGCUGAUUACCGCCACUGGCUCCGACUAUGACCUGUUGACGACGAACCCGGGCUUCGAGUACACAGGCAAGUUCCACAUGCACGUUACCGGCCCCGGAACGAUGUUCGAGUGGGGCGACAACGGUGUCAACCUGUACUCGACCACCGCGAACCCCCUGUUGUUCUACGGCGAGCAGUACAACCACCCCGAGUACAUGCUCUUCCAGCGUGACCAACACGAUGCCCCGGAGCCAUGGAGCAUGUUCUGGUAUAACCCCGCCGUUUCAGGUGCUUUCUGGGACGGCACGCCACUCGACGGGUUCUUCGACAACCACACGGACGCAUGGGGUUCGAUGCGCAGUAGUUGGACAGAUGAGAACGCGCUGUUCACCGCGAUCAAGGCGGGUACGCUGCAGGGCCAUCAGACGCACAACGAUCUCGACUGCGGUGAUUUUGUCCUCGACGCGCUCGGCACGCGAUGGGCGGGCGAGCUCGGCGACGAGAACUACCUCGUGACUGGCUACUUCAGUAACGACUCGCAGACGAGUGACCGGUGGUUGUACUACCGCAAGCGCACGGAGGGCCAGAACACUAUCCUAGUGAAUGGACAAAACCAGCUUGUGACCGCUCAGCCGACGGUCGACUUCGGGACGGACAAUAUCACGCAGGGCUCGAGCACGGUGUUUACAGCCCCCGCAAACUCAACAGCGUUCUUCACAGCGGACCUUACAAGUGCCUACGAGAGCGUGACGUCGUUUGAGCGUGGACUGCGUAUGAUCAAUGGCCGAAAGCAGGUACUUCUGCAGGACGAUAUCACAACGACUGAACCGUUUAUGUGGCGCAUGCACACCAAUGCCACCGUCACUGUCAACUCGGACGGCAAGGGAGCGACGCUGCAAAUCGGGAAUGAGAAGAUGGAGUUGUUGGUGAUUAGCCCCUCGAGUGGCUUCACGAUCACGACCGGCGAUGCGGUGCCUCUGUCCACAGACCCUCCGCUUCCUGCCGGGCAGGCCGACCUUCCGAACCCCGGUGUUACGGUCAUCAUGAUCAACUUCGAAACAGCCGGCACCUACAGUUUGCAGGUGCUGUUCAACCCGCAGUGGGACGGGAUGUCGUCGAGCGACUUUGUGACACCACCGAGCGUGCCUGUCAAGUCCUGGACGCUGACAAGCCACAAUUCAUGA